UUCACCUGGUCAUGGUCCAGGUCAAUUCAUCAUUUUUUUUUAAAUAAUCUUUUCAAAUAAUGAUACGAUGAGCGCAUCACGCGUGGGAUUCACAACCCAAUAUAAAACACAAUCUUUUGCUGUCUCCACUCUCUACCCAUUCCUCUUCUCCCUUCUCCUUCCUUCCAUUCAUUCAUUCAUUCAAUUUCUCAAAUCACAUCCACUCUCUCUCUCUCUCAUCGCCUGCGCUUGUUUCAUCUUCCACUUCUGAUUUGAGCAAUGGGAAAGAGGAAAUCCUCAGCAAAGCCACCUCCAAAGAAGCGGAUGGAUAAGCUUGACACUGUUUUCAGCUGCCCUUUCUGCAAUCACGGCACCAGUGUCGAAUGCCGAAUUGAUAUGAAGAACUUGAUAGGGGAAGCUUCUUGCAGGAUUUGCCAAGAGAGCUUUAGCACUACUGUCACAGCUUUAUCUGAACCAAUAGACAUAUACAGUGAAUGGAUUGAUGAAUGUGAACGGGUGAACAACCCGGAAGAUGAUGGUGCUUAGUAGUGUGAUUAUAAGAAUCCAUUUCGAGCAGUAGUGGAUGGAAAAUUCUGUAUUUGUGUCAGCUCCUACUGGUGCAACUACAUGUUUUGUUCCUAUAUUACUCUUUAAUAGAGUUUGUAAAACUACAUGUACGCUAAACCAAUGAGAAUAAUUGCUAUUGCAAUGUGUGUCUGUCUCCUGUCAAUUUUCAAUGCGCAAAUAGCUAAUUAUGUUUCCCAUUAAGGAAAGACAAGGUCUAGCAU